UUACCUUUCUCGGCCGCCAUCUUUGUCGUUUGCGGGAGAUGGAAUCAGCAGGUCAAGGAACUGUGGACGCUCAAACCGCUUUUGCUGACGCCGUUGCUCGUGCAAGACAGAUAGCUGCUAAAAUUAACCAACCCGCAGCAGGAGGUGGGGAUGCUUCAGCGCCCCCUACAUUGAAAAGGCCAUUUGAUUCAGACGGACAAGCUUUUGGUGAACCAGAUCAAAAGAAGAGUGUAGCUGCUAUUAACGACCCUAUCGGUGCUCAGUUGAAAGCCCUAGCCGGUCAACAAAACCCUGCAGCAUUAGCUGCACAAGAAGCUGCCGCCAGAAUUAAUCAACAACUAGGAAUCGGGCCUGCAUCCGCACCUCCCCCACAGGCUGGUUUACCAUCAGGUAUAUCUAACCCAAGUAUACCACACAACGGUUCAGCUAUGGUAAUCACGGAGGACUUUGCAGUGCCAGACAGAAUGGUCGGACUCAUCAUUGGUAAAGGUGGUGAACAGAUUACAAGGUUGCAGGCAGAAACUGGAUGCAAAAUCCAGAUCGCUCCAGACAGUGGUGGUUCCCCUGACAGGCCUUGCACCCUUACAGGAACUCCUGGAUCUAUUGCAUCGUGUAAACAACAGAUGCAGGACAUUAUCAUGAAAGGCCAGACCAACCCUGGAGACCCUAUGGGACAUAAUGAGGGGAACACUGUUGUCGAGAUGAUGAUCCCUGGAGACAAAGUAGGUCUAAUCAUUGGCAAGGGAGGUGAGAAUAUCAAACAAAUGCAGGAGCGAGCUUGUGUUAAGAUGGUCAUGAUCCAAGACAGCAACAUCCCAUCAUCCAUGGAAAAGCCCCUCAGGAUCUCUGGGGAACCCAACAAGUGUAACAGAGCCAGAGAGAUGGUUAUGGAACUGCUUACAGAGAAAGAUAUGGAGAAUAAUGGAGGGAUGUGGGGUCAGUCGCCUGGUAGUAGUGGUGGCGGCGGCUUUAAGAAUAACAACUCAUUUGGAAACAGCAUGGGUGGGCAACAGUCAUUUGAGAUCCCAGUACCUCGUAAUCUCGUUGGAAUUGUUAUCGGAAAAAGUGGAGAUAUGAUCAAGAGAAUUCAGAGGGAGACCAAUGCGAAAGUCCAGUUCAAACCAGAUCUAGACGAUUCCCGACCAGAGAGAAUGUGCUCUAUCCGUGGAUCCUCUUCAGAAAUUGAACAGGCUGCUCAAUUCAUCGAGAAUUUGUUGCAGGAAGCUAGUAAUAGAGAUAAUCAAGACGGUAUGGGACGAGGACGAGGUUUUGGUCGUGGAGGAGGAAGAGGAGGGGGUCAGUUUGGAGGUCCUGUAGGACGAGGCAUGGGACGAGGAGGUGGUUUUGGAGGAGGAGAUGAAACCACUUACCCUGUACCUGCAGACAAGUGUGGUCUAGUCAUUGGCAAAGGUGGUGAGACGAUUCGUCAGAUCAACCAGAUGUCAGGGGCUCGAGUGGAAUUGCAAAGAUCACCAGGGCCAAAUCCCAAUGAAAAACUCUUCUCAAUCAGAGCAGGAGACAAAGGCCAGAUACAACAUGCCAUUCAACUGAUAUGUGAAAAAGCAGGCUUGCCACCACCAUCAGGUGGACCAGGGCCGGGAGGUCCUGGGGGUCCAGGGCCCCAGGGUGGACCUGGAGGUCCAAUGGGAGGCGGUCCUGGAGGAUUUGGGGAUGGUUUUGGAGGACAGCAGGGUCAACAGCCACCGGGUGGCCAGUUUGGGGCUCCCCAGGGGCCACAGGGUGGAGGUGGUGGUGGCUGGGGCGGAAACAACUACCAGCAGGGUUACCAACAACAGCCAGAUCAGAAUAUGCAGUCUCGGGACUUUGCUGCAACACAAGAACCUAAAAAAGAUAAACAGGCCCAGGACAAUGCUGCAGCCUGGGCUGCCUACUACUCCCAGUACUACAAUCAGUAUGCCCACAACCAGUACGGUCAAGGCGGUGUCCAAGGUCAACAGCCACAACAACACGCUCCCCAACAACAACAGCAGCCACAACAACAGCAACCGCAGCAGGGACAGACGCCCCCACAGCAAGGCUACACUGCUGGCACAGCAAACCCAUCAAUCAACCCACAGACAGGCCAGGCUGAUUACAGUCAGGCAUGGGCCGAGUACUACAGACAACAGGGUAUGCACUACCAGGCUAACCUCAUCUUACAACAGGCCCAACAACCUGGCGGUGGCCAGCAGGCGGGACCUAGUCCUGUACAACAGCAGUAACAUCUUUAGGCACAUUAUCAGCUUCAGGACAUCUGGUGGAUAAUUAUUGGAAAAAGGGACAAGAUAUUAUAUCUCACACACUUCAGACAGAAAUUCAAUUGAUGACAGAAGAUUUAAAAACUACAUUAUGGCUUCUGACACCUAUAAGAUAACUAACAAAAGAUGUGCUCUUUUCCUUGAUUUUCUUAUUUUAAUCUCCAUUUAAUAGUUUUGUGUUUAAUAUCUAGAUAUAUAUUAUAGACAGUCAUCUUUGUAUUGGUAUUCUUGUAAAAUCACUGUUUGUAUCGGGCUUAUAUAAUUAUCGUAUCAUCAUAAACAAUCACUUCCUCGUUCAUCAAAUUCUCUUCUGUCAGUUUUUUUGUUUUUAUUGGUAACCCAUGAAUCCAGCAUCGCAAUAUUUCGUAGAUGUAAGUAACUAAUUUCUUUUAGUGAACUACACAUUCCAAACUUGCAUUAUUAUAAUUUUCUCUUAUGUUCAUGAAGUAUGUUCAUUGCUACUAGUUUACCUUUAUGAUAAUGUGACUUAAAAUCAAAAUAUUUUUUGACUGUAUGUAACAUGUCUGAGUAAGAUGGAUUAAGAAACAAAAUAUUUAGUGGACAAUAUGAUAAUAAAUAAAUUGUGCUAAACUUAUAAUUGAAAUAUCUCACUUGAUAAUUUUUUUUCUCAUGUCAUAAGUUACAUUGUUGUUAUAAGACAAUUCAUGCUCAGGCGCUCAAAGAACUACAUUAUGAUUAUUUAACUCUACAUUGUAUUUUGAACUGAAAAUCAUACUUGUAUGUAUGCAAAAUGAUAGUUAUGUUUAGAUAUAAAGAUAUGUGAAUACUUUAAUGUUAUAUUGUUUGGAAACAUAAAUAUUGACAAUAAUGUACUAGGUUUAUGGUUAAGUCACUGUUAAAAUUUUUAUGAUGAUAUGAGUCAUUUUUGUAAUAAUAAUGUUUAAAAGAUAAAUUUAUUCAUACUUAUGUAAAAUGCUUCAGGUUUUAUAAUUAGAUUGAUGAAAAAAUGCCAAAUAUGUGUACGUUUAUGUGUCGUACUACAUUGCUCUAUUUUUAAAACAUUACAUUGAUAGUCUUCGUAUUAUUUUUUGUGCAUCUUUGAAAUUGUAUCUCGUAGUCUUUGUUUUCGUUGACCUGACCGAGCUGCCAAGUCUCCUGUAUACAAAUCACUAAUUUUUAUCCAUGAAUAACAUUGUGAACUUUGUAAAAUGCCAUUGUUUGAAACUAUUACUCUUUAUGAUAUGAUAAUGAAGUCGAUGAUGUUGAUGAUGAUAGUUGUAUAAUAGUUCAUCAUAUUUGCUUAGUUAGCACUUUGUAUUUUCAUGUUUUAAAUGGUUUCUGUAGCAUUAUACCUGUCAUUGGUUUUUGUCUUUGAAUUAAUAUGCUUUUACUAGAUUGAGGAUUGAUUGUUUAUUAAAUUUUUUAGAUUAAUAUUGUGAACAUAAUUAUGUAUAUACUUACGGCACAUGUAUACGUCACUACCAGUCAUAUUUUUUGAGCAUGUAAAUUUUGUGCUGUGAAAUACUAUGUAUCUAAAUGUACCCUUCAAGGGCGAAACGUGUGUACCAAGGACCGGUCUCCCCAGGUGAAGUAUGACUUUGGAGGAAAAUAAUAAAUGUUUUAAACAUUGAUAUUUUUGCCUUAUCGUUUUCUUGAUCCAUACAUUGUCUUUAGCGGAGAUGAUGUUGGAACAAAGACAGGGUUCGGUUAGAGGAGGCAGAUGCUGGAGAUGCAAAAGACAACAUAUGACACCUAGAAACUUGUAUCAUUGAUCUAAAGAAAUUGAUAAUUUAAUACUUGCCUGUUCUUUUACUACAAACAGAUCAUUACCACCAAAGCAUACUGGUUGUGAGUCUUUGUCCCAAUUAUGACUAUAUGCCCUUUCUUCCCUUUAUUUAUCCUAGAAGGACCUGGCCUACAUAUGUUUUGGUUUGUCCAUAAGGGAAAACUGUAGGGGAGAAGGGGUAUGUGUAGAUAGAUAACGAUAUUUUUGCUCCAUUGAUAAUUUUAUGAGAAGUAACUUGUCUGACAGAUUAUGAUAUGAUGUAGGUUAGUAUUUUUAUUAUUUUUUUGAAGAACAAUAAAUUGGCUAGUCACCUGAUACAUAUAUUGCUUGCAUUGCUGAGAUGAUAUUGAUUAUUCCAUGAUAAUAUUCUUUUUUUUUUAAUGUUUAUAUUUCUGUCCAAUAUUGAAGCGUUUUAAUACUAUGAAAAAGAAUACAAAUAACACACCUCUCUGUCUCGUUAGGUAGCAGGUUGCACAGGCUCUCGGCUGUCCUGAAUGGUGCAGACAGGCUGAUCGGGGCUAGACCAUGGCAGCAAACUCAUUUCAACGUAUUAUCCCUUUGUAUUCAUUUUGCACUACUAUGUUGACAAAAUUAAAAGUAUCAUUCUGAAUUCCAUGUAUAGGCUAUCUUGAUUUGUUUUCCUAAACGUGUAUGCAUUAUUUUUGUUCAGUUUAAAGAGAAAAAUUAUAAUCUUGUUUGCUCGAUAAUCAAUAUUUUUUUUGUCUUUUCUCUGGAAAAUAUAAGAGUUGUCUCAAUAUUUCAUGAAUUUCUAUGUUGAUCAGACAUUUGACUGUAAUACCAAUUUCACUUGUGCCAUGUUUUUGUAUUGCUGUAGUGCAUGACCUGUUUCCUUGCAUAAACAUAUGACUUUGAUAAAAAUGCUAAUUACUGUGCGUCUUCAGGAAAUAAUUCUUGUACAAGAUAAUGUAGAUUUAGAAUUUAAAUGCGAAUAUAAUUGGACUGUGAUAGUGAAAUGCUACGUAUCUUAAACAAUAUCAGGGAUCAAGCUGUCUUAAAAAAAACUUAUGAAGUAUGAGUAGAAGAAUAUCUUGUAUUAUAUUGCAGUGUUCCAAUAUUAGGUAGAUUUUUUAUGUUGAUGCAACCGUUGACUCGUUCUUGUACUAUGUCAUGUUAAAAUUGUCCUCACCAACUCAUUCCUAAAUUUGCUGACAAGAUAUGUUCAUUCUCUUUAAUAAAUGACCUUUAUACAGCACUGUAGAUAAUAUGACAUGCAUAUACAUGUAUAAACUGUUGAAUUGUGCAUCUAGGACCAACAAAUUGAUACUUGAAAAUAAUAUUGCCCAUUAUGAAUGACUUACUCAAAACUUCCCAUUUUGAUAUAUUAUAAACAAUAUGUUUUGCAUACAAAGAAAAAUUGUUGACCUGUUGAUGCCAUUAUUGAACAUAUUUAACUUUUUGAAUGAACAUCAUUUUAUAUAUAUAUUGAGAGACAUGGAAAUCGUAUUCUUCAAAGUGCUUCAUAUAUAAUAUACCUUGAGAUUUUUUUAUGCUGCUAUGUGAAAACAUUAUUUUCAUGACGUGCAAUGCAAGCUAGAUAUGAGGUGGCGAUACAAGGUGGGGACUGUUAGAGACAAUGUUUACCCGUUGCUGACUUACAUGAUGCAGACCCAGGGAGUUUGUGUUUUAUUUCGGAAACUAAAAUUCUGCAAGCAUUAUAAGGAUGUUUAUAAAUACUUUGUAUCAAAAUUUGUGUGCCAUUUUGUUAUUUUAAUUGAUGAUGAUGAUGAUGAAUUUUUAUCAUGGAAAAUAGAAAAUAUUGCGCUAGGUAUAAUAAACAUGUGUUUGUGUCUCCCAUCUGUGAUAAUUAAUUAUCGGAUGUAAAACGACUAAUAUCAUACCUUCAUAGUACACUGCUUGAUUGGUUCACAUUUAAAUACAUACAUAUGUUGUUCCUACUAUAUUACACAACACGUUAUUAACAGGUGAGUAUUAAUAUUGAUGAUACUGUAAUCAUUGAGAGUGGUAUAUGUCUAGUACAGUUGUAAUAUAUGUGUGGUACACGUGUUCUAAGCUCAUAGUGACUGUCUGACGCAAGGUAAGCCGUUAAUCAAGGGAUAUGUCUAUGUUUUUGAAGUGCAGACUUUUUAUGUGGUAUUUAAACAGGUUCCCCUCCCUCUUAGUAUGAUCGUAACAUUAUGAUAUCCUUUUCAUAAACUAAUGAUCUAUUUGAGAUGUGGCAAUUAAACUUCGGGUUUAUUUUGCAAAAUGUGCGAAAAAAUAAACUGUUUUACCUUUA